GACACAUUUAUAAUUUUGCUCAGUAUGGCUUUUGCUACGCGAAUGAAACAAAGCAGAACCAAAAUUGAAGCUUUAGUAAAAUCUCACGUAAAGGCAACGACACCCUGGAGGAAAAUAAGAGAGGAACAGUGCAGUUUGCUUUAUUUGUGCACUCUUUUGGACCAGAAAAUCUCGUAUCUUGUCUUACUGUCGUUCUGCAACAAUUUGUACUUUGUCUUGGUUCAGUUAUUCAGCGCGUUGAAACAAAUGGGCGACACUUUACAAAAAACUUAUUUUUUCAUUUCGUUCGGAAUUCUGAUUUUCAGGAUUAUUUUCGUGAGUUUAAGUGCAGCGUCCAUUAAUGAGGAAAGCCGAAAAAUUUUAAUACUACUGUUGUCUACUCCUUCAGAGCUGUACAGCGUUGAGGUCGAACGUUUAACUAAUCAAAUUAAUUAUAAAGCGAUGGCUAUUUCUGGCAAAAACUUUUUCAUAAUUACGAGAGGACUAAUUUUGAAAAUCGCCGGCGCUGUUGUAACAUACGAACUUGUCCUAAUACAAUUUAAUAAGAAACUUUUGAAUGAAUUCGACGAAACUUCCGUUCAACAAUUGGAGAUUUUACAUAAUAAUACGUAUUGGUUGUGUUAA